UCGCAAAGUUUGGCACGAACUUCACGAUCACUUGGGAGAAGCAUGAAGCUUCUAGUAACGCUUACGGCUUUGCUUAGAAAUACUUUUCCCAAACUACAGCGUCUUUACUAUUCACUUUCAAGCAUUUCAAAAGGGGUGCUCCGCCCAUGGAGACGUUGUACACGAAGGGAACUGCAGCCAAUGGUUCUCUCCGCAUCAAUGUAGAGACAAGAGAAGAUGCUUGUGCAAAGUACCAGCCUUUGGAUUCACAGCCCAGAGAAAUGCAGCCGCACCAAGAGCCCAUUGAUCAGCUCACAAGAGUAGAACCAGCAUCUUGUGAUUCUGCAUGCCUUCCAGAACUGGGCCAGAUACAGCAACAGCACUGUAGCCAGUCUGCAUCAGGAGGAGGCUCUAUAAAAACAGAAAUUCACAGCCUGACAGACUCACAAGUCAAGAGUAACAUGGUGAUGGCAGCAAUGGGCCAUAUUAAACAAGAACCCCAGGACUGCCCUUCAAGUGAACGUCUUCAUGUAGUAGUGAAGACAGAGCCAUACGAUGCUACAGUUUCAGCAGAGUGGGACCAAGUUGAACACAGCCAUGACUCGUCCUCAAAAGAAGCGGCAGCAACCGCUGGUAUACCUCAUAUCAAAGAUGAGCCAAAAGACACUUGUGAUUCAGUGUCUUCAGGUUGCAACUCUUCAAGAGCAGAGUUCAACUUUAAAACGACAACACUUCAGCCUUUAUUCGACAACACUGUCCCAGUCACUGUGGAUGUUCGACCCACGGAUUCAAAGGCUGGAGGCUACGCUUCAGACCUGAGCCAGACUCAAGAGUCCAGUGAAUCAUCAAUCUCUGACCUCAAGAAGGACAGGACGUACAAGUGCAAUAUUUGUUUGGUUCCAUGCAUUGACACAGACCACUUAGCUGGCAAAGUGAACACAUUCACCUGCGACACAUGUCAACACAAACAGACACACACAGGUGUGAAGCCAUACAAGUGCAGUCUCUGUUCUGCAGAGUUCACCAGCAGUGCUAACCUGCGGCACCACAAGCAGACACACACGGGAGAGAAGCCGUAUAAGUGUGAUAUCUGCCCUGCAGUGCUUAGCCGCAGUGCAAACCUGCGGUACCACCGGCAGACCCACACAGGAGAGAAGCCAUACAUGUGUGACACCUGUAGUGCAAAAUUCAGCCGCAGCACGGACCUGCGGCGUCACAUGCUGAUACACACAGGCGAGAAGCUGCAUAAGUGCAAUCUCUGUCCUGCAGAGUUCAGCCGCAGCACAGACCUUCAGCGACACAUGCGCACACACGCAGGUGAAAGGCCGUACAAGUGUGAUCUAUGUCCUGCAGUGUUUAGCCGCAGUGCAAACCUGCAGCAUCACAGGCAGACACACAUGGGAGGGAAGACAUACAAAUGUGAUACCUGUAGUGCAAAACUGAGCUGCAGGACGGCCCUGCGGCGUCACAUGCUGACACACACAGGCGAGAAGCCGCACAAGUGCGAUCUCUGUCCUGCAGCGUUCAGCCGCAGCACAGACCUUCAGCGACACACUCUCACACACACAGGAGAAAAGCCUUACAAGUGCGAUCUCUGUCCCGCAAAGUUCAGUCAAGGCAUAAACUUGCGGCGCCACAAGCAGACACACACGAGAGAGAGGCCAUACAAGUGUGAUCUGUGUCCUGCAGAGUUUAGCUGCCGCACAGACCUUCAGCGACACACGCACACACACACCACAGGAGAGAAGCCAUACAAGUGCAACCUCUGUCCUGCAGAUUUCACACGCAGCACAAACCUUCGGCGGCACAUGCGCACGCACACACACGAAAGGCCAUACAAGUGCAAUCUCUGUCCUGCAAAGUUCAGUGAAGGCAUGAACCUGCAGCGUCACAAGCAGACUCACACGGGAGAAAAGCCAUACAAGUGCGAUCUCUGUUCUUCAGAGUUCAGCCAGAGGGCGCACCUGUCGCGUCACAAGUCGACACACACGGUCAAGAAGCCAUACAAGUGCGACCUCUGUACUGGUGACGUUUGUGGCUGUGAGGGCAGAGGACGUUGCCGCACUGUGGUUUCGCCAGCUGAAAGGGCCGGGUCGGCCGCUGCUACGGUGCAGGGGUCUAUCAAGCUCUCAUCCUGUGGGGACAGCCCCACUCUAUUCGUGACAGAAGGGAUCGAGUGCUCGACGGGAUGACUCCACAUUGUAAGGAUUACAGUGGUUGUCAUCCAAUCCCGUUGCAGGUAGGCGCUCAGUCGAGGGUCCCCCAGCUGACCAGGCACAGCAUGGUUCUAGUGGAGGCCAGGGUGAAUACAGGAGUACCACCAGGAGGUCGCCUUGUACGCGCCUCCUGGGUCCCAAGGGAUGGGACCCAAAAAUAGGGCAAGAAGCGUGGUUGACGUUGUCGGAUAGCCCGUGCCAAGCGCUGCUUUGCUGAAGUGGCAGGAUCAGCUCUGUGUCGGAUUGUUGCAACGCCCGAACAAAUUCCAAUAAGCUCUCGCUAGGAUGUUCAGUUUGCUUAUGCGAUUCUUCCACGGUACGGUUCUCAUCAUCCGAAAGGAGGAAUUUGCUUGUGAACUGUUUAUUUAUUUACUCCUCAAGGCCCGAAGGCAUUACAGAGGGGAGUGGGUUAUUACACACAAACACAAUAUACAAAGGUAAUAAAUACAGGUCAGAAUAAGUGCAACAGUACAGAAAAUACAAAAGCAAUUAAAUAAAUAACACUAAAAUAAGUCACAUAAGUCACAAUGAACCACAUAAAUAACAAAAAGCAACAUUGUUAAGCAGUACAUCAUAAAUAUCACAAUCAAUUAGAAAACUCCAGUAAAGUAAUUAGUGCAGCA